AUGACCAUCUGCCACAUCGUCUUGUUUAAAUUUCGGGCAGACACCGCCGUCACGACCCGAGACGAGUUUCUUACGCAAAUCAAGACGCUCAAGUCACUACCCUGCGUAAAGAACCAAAGGCUCAUUGUUGGUGGGCCCUCUAUUACGGAGCCUGCGGAGAAGAGCAAAGGAUAUCAGUAUGCCUUGGUGAGCUAUCAUGAGGAUCGGACUGCGUUGGACGCAUAUCAAGCAAGCAGUGAGCACGAAAGGGUCACUCAUGCAUAUUUUAUUCCCUACAAAGAAGAUCUGGUUCGAUUUGAUUUCGAAGUAGAUUCAGCGGAUGAACCUUUGCUUGGAUUACAAUUUGGUUGA